AGCACAUUAACCUCAAACUUCCACACGAACACGGGUUUACAGCAGACAGACAGAGGGAGUCGACAUAACACAGCCACAAGCACCCAAUCCUUCACCACUCCACAAUAUAUCAUCCACUAUCUGGCCUGCCAGAACAGCAUAAUCAGCGACCACACUCAACAAAUUCGUCUACUUGAUAUACUAUCGUCAUAAAUACCUUCUCAAGAUCGUCGUCACAGAAUUUGUGAAUCCUUACUAUCAGCGGAAAUGGGUCUUACAGCCUUCCUCAAAAGCCUUAAACCAAGGAAACUGAAUCCGUCUACAGCAGACCAGAGCGUCUUAACACCAUCUCCCUCUGGUCCAAUCUCCAACUCUAGCCCUAGCUAUGUCAAUGAUAAUAGAGAACUCCAUUCCACCUCCAAUUUCCCCACGGCGGCAACCACAACCACGGCUGCUACGGCCUCCACCUCCACCCACACUCCAGUCGUCCCGCAGAAACUAGUUUUCGAUGUGACAGGAAAGCAACUAUCAGGUCCAAAAUACACGCCUCCAGAUCCGAACGCAACUGAGGAGGAGAAGGCAGCUCGGGCGAUAGAAGAUGAGCAGCGGAGGAUGGCUAUGCGACAGUAUUUGAGGGACCAUAGGGAUAAGGGUGGAUUUUUUAUGUCUUAGAGGAAGAAGGACAUGGAGGAGGUGUGGAGGACCUAGCGCUGGUUUUUGUGUUACUUAGGGGGGGGAGAGAUUUCGGUUCACUAGGAGUGGGAAGGAAUGAAUGUGCACUAUACUUCCUAGACCUGGGUAUGAUAUUGCAGCAGUGGGUUCGU